AUGAUUGAUUAUGGCUAUAGAGUUCCAAGUGCUAUGGAAUUAUGUCUUCAGAGAUUCCAUAAGCGGGCUAUGCUUAUUGAGCAGACUAUUUCGAAAGAAUUGCAAUGGUUGUGGAACGGUUGGCUUUAUGACGUACGUCAGUGCAUUCAUGAUAAUCUCGUGCAAAGACUUGCCCUACCGCUAUCUGGCAAGUAUGGCAAGUAUGGCAAGUAUGGCAAGUAUGGCAAGUAUGGCAAGUAUGGCAAAAUUCUCUUCGUUCUCACCAGCCGAGCCAAGAUGGAUAACGGCGCACCCACUGGGUGGUACUUGCCUGAGUUUGCCCGGCCUUAUUACCACUUGAUUGGUCCGGAUGAGGCGAAGCCCAGAGCUGAAAUCGUCGUUGCUUCCCCCGCUGGUGGGCUUGCUCCAAUAGACGAGGUGUCGGUGAAGAAUUUCAAGGACCCUAAGUCGGUCAAGUUCCACCAAAACAAGAAGAAUCUCUGGGAGCAAACAGCGCCCCUUAGGGAGUUUCACAAAAAGGCAUCCGAGUUCAAUGCCAUCUUCUAUCCUGGUGGUCACGGGCCUAUGUUCGACCUCGUUAACGACAAGGACUCCAUUAAGCUGAUCGAGGAAUUCUAUAAUGCCGGCAAGAUUAUUACGGCUGUCUGUCAUGGCCCUAUCGCUCUCGUUAAUACCAUCGUAGACGGGAAACCGCUCCUCAGUAGCCGCAGGGCCACUGGCUUCAGCAACGCGGAAGAAGAUGCUAUCAAGCUGUCCGAGGCCAUGCCUGCUCUGUUAGAGGACGAAAUCAAGCGGGUGGGCGGCAGCUAUGUCAAAGCAGAUGCGCUUUGGAAGGAGCAUGUUGUCGUUGAUGGGCGGGUCAUUACUGGCCAGAACCCAAACUCUGCCCUAGGCGUUGGCGUUGCGAUUGCUCAGGCACUUGGUCUUGAAUCUGCAUAAUGGUUAGAUUUACGCAUUAGGAAAUUGGGAGCAGUUUUAAGGCAGGCAUAGGCGGCAUGAAAUAUCUGUUAAUGGCGGAGUAUGGAGUAUUUAGUGGGACUAGGGUGGAUUUUUGUAAAAGCUACUAGUAAUGAUGAUGGAAAAAGAAUUAUGUUACUGUUCCC